ACCCCAGGAUCUGUCAUGCAGGAUAUGCACGAUGCCAGUGCCAUGGAUUACUGCUUGUUCUUAUCUAUUCUUUUUGCUCUGAAGAUUCGCUCCGCACAUUUGGCUCCUGAUUUCUCUUUAUUUCUUCACACCAUCCUGAAAAACCACACAGCUCAUGCUUGUGAAGGGGACACGCUCAUCAUCGAGUGUCCCUCGAGGACAUCUGUGGCUGUACUCUCGGCUUUCUAUGGACGACGUGUUCCUAACCAGUAUCUAUGUCCUUCUGCAAACACAAACACAAGUGUGGAGGAGGAUAAAGAAUGCACUUCCUCAGUUGCUAUUGAGAAAGUGCUGUCAGAGUGUCAGGAUCGGCGCUCCUGUACCAUCCCUGUCUUCAGUCCAGUGUUUGGGCAGGACCCCUGUCCUCUCACCAGAAAGUACCUUCUAGUGGCCUAUAAGUGCAGACCAGAGCACCACCGCACAAGGCUGGUGUGUGAAAAUGAGCGUCUGAGGCUCAUGUGUAAAAACGAGACUGUCCUUGCAAUCUACUCGGCCACGUUUGGACACCUGCUGCAUGGCAGUCCUUACUGUCCACAGGAACCUGGAUCACACGUUGACAUGGAGUGUUUGUCACCUUCGGCUCUGAGGAAGGUGUCACGCAGGUGUCACAGCAGAGCCAACUGCUCAGUAGUAGCUGAUACUUUAACCUUCGGGGACCCCUGCUUCCCGGGCACCAGGAAACACCUGCGCGUGUCCUUCACUUGUGUGCCCCGGUAUCUUCUGGAAGAUGUGGGUCGAGGGUCAAUGGAUCCUUUCAUGAUCUCAGACUACACACAUGGUGGAUGGUACACUGGCCCCACCUACAGGCCUCAAAACGUGCUCUUAACCAACUCUCUGGAGAUCAUUGAAAAAAUACUGGGUCUCCCAGAGCGAGUGGCUCUGUACUUUGUCUCUGGCAUCUGUGCUGGUCUGGUUUUCCUGCUCUGCCUGUUUGGUAUACGCUCCACUAUAAUAAGAGACGUUAAAGAUCUGGUUUCCGACCUGAAGGAUGAGCUGAAAGCUUCUCGCAGACAGCGCAAGGAGCUCAUGGAGGACCUCUUUGACGAUGACAUCUCAGACACAUCAUCCUUCUGUCACCUCACACAAUCCUACCGCACAACAGAAAUUCUCAGUCCUUCCACUUUGACAGUAGAGAUGGUUGAUCAAAACGUGGAUCAGACGAGGGAUCAGCCUAACGGAGACAUUUGGCCCCAUCGAGACUCCAGCCCUUAUGCCAUUCAUAAGAUUAAAACCUUACAUUAAACAUUGAGAUAAGUAUUAGAGAAACAACUGCUAAAUCAUCUGAGCAUCUCUACUAUGAAAUUGAGGUUCGCGACUGAAAUUGCAUGCAGAUAGGCCUAUUUAUGUAUUUUCAUUAAAUGGCAAAUUAACUCUAAACAAUAAAGAGGGAAAUACACAAAUUCUUAUGUGCUAGAUUUAUUACAAUCUUAUUAAGAUUAACAUAACACGAUUUGUUCUUUAAAUUAAUUUUAAAUGCAAUGCAAUUUAUGAAAUAACAGUGGAACCAAAGUUUCAGGCUCAGCUAAUCUUUUGCCUACAUUUGUUUUGGUUAUUUGAUGUCAUG